AUGGAAAUUAAGUGUGAAUAUAAUUUAUAGUAAUUGUUCAACAAAGGACAUUUAGGAACAGGACUCAAAGUAAUACUAUUUUUUGCAGACAACAUAAAUGAUCAUGCUCUGGACAUCAUAAAAUAGUGUUGCAUGAAUAUGCUUUAAACAUAACACAAACAAAUUGUUUUUGAUAUAUUUUACACUCUCUACGGUCUUUUUAUUAAGGAGAAUUUUACAGGACCGUCUUAUCACUAUUAAAAUGCUGAUAGAAAGUUGCAUAUCGAAAAUCUACUAACUAAAUAAGUCAUUCCAAAAUGUCAAACCAACCAAAUAAGUAAGGAGGAGUUGGAAGAUCUAGGAUUAAUCGAAUUAUUACCACUCAUUAAUUAGAUUAGUAGAGUUUCAGAAUAUGAAAUCUAUCAUUCGUAAGCUAAUUAAGAAUGUAUGAAUAUACAAAUAAUACAAUAGAUAUUCUAAAUAAGCUGCAAUGUUGUGGUGAACUAUUUAAGAGAGUGAUCUAGCUUAAACAUGUAUUUUUAGUUUGCAAAUAAAUUCUUGGAUUGCUGCAUACUACUAAUCCAAUUUAUCAACUUUGGUGGGCUAGACUUAAUUUUAUGCAUAAUUAAUUUUUAGACAACCCUGUUUAAGAAUUAAAGGAUUAAAUUUUAAAUUCAUUUUAAGAGUUCCUUGAUAAUUAUCCUGUAGAUAACAAAGACCAAGCUAAAUUAUAUACUGAAUUCUCUUAUAUUUAUAAUUAUUACUACAGAUAUUAAGAAGCAGAAGUAUGUUUGCUAAAAGCAUAAGUAAUAACAUAAUAAAAUUCUAGCAAUUACUAAAAGUGAGAUUCGAAUUAACUGGUAAAUUAGGAAAAAAGACAAAAUUUCAAGAGGAGAAACUCCCUCAAUUAGUUGCAUAAAUAAUAGAUUAGGAAAGUGUAGAAAAAGAAAGUAAUUCUAAAUUUAUAUUUUAAUAUAGUUAGGGAAUUGCCAAAAGUACAAGAGGUUCUUCAAUAAUAUGCUCCAUAAUAAGUAAAUUUAGAAGAGGAAUCUAUUUUAUUUGAUAAACCUGUUGUUGACGGGGAAAUCAAAUAGGAUUCAUUAUCGUUGGAAGAACAAAUUGUUUUACUGGGAUUGAUCCAUCAUUAUAAAAAGACUUUGCCAAAUGAUGAGAUACUUUAACAAUAAGUUUAAGCCUACUUAAAUUUGAUGCUUGAUAAAUCUAAUAGUUGGAUUGUCUAUUCACAGGGUUUGUUGUUAAGAUCUUUAAAUGAAUUUAAUCAUCUAAAGAGAAUGGAAAGAGCCUUGAUUCAAAUGCAGACCCUUGUAGAUUAAUUCAAUGAUAUAUAACCAGAUUCUGAUUUAAGAGCAUUGAAUUUAUUUUACUCAAACUAUCCUGAUUACUAUAAUUUAAGUGGAAUUUUGGCUGAAUAAUGGAUGAAAGUUGGGAUGAUGUCAAGUGGCUAUGAGAUAUUUUCUCGAUUGGAAAUGUGGGAGGAAUGUGUGGAAUGUAUUGUAGGCACUGGUGAUACAUAAAGAGCACUUAAAGAAAUAGAGUAAAUCACAGAAAAAGGUUUAGGAACAGUUAAAAUGAAAUGCAUCACAGGAGAAAUUAAAUAGGAUCCUAAGAUUUUAAAAGAAGCAUGGAAGGACUCUAAAAAACGAUUUGCUAGGGCUUAAAGAUCUUUAGGAGAAUAUUACUUCUUUAGAGAAAAAAAUUAUGAAAAAUCCAUCAAAUCUUAUAGAAAAGCUGUUAAGAUUAAUUCAUAUCAUUAAAAGUCAUGGUACAUAAUGGGAUGUGCUUAUAUGAGAUUAAAUAAAUUGGAAGAUGCAAUAAAAUCAUUAGGUGAAGCAGUCAGAAUAAAUGAAAAUGAUGGAGAAAUUUGGGGAAAUAUUUCAUCUUGUUUGGUGGCCUUGAAAAAGUUUAGUGAAGCUUAAUCUGCUUUAGAAUAAGGAGUGAAAUAUGCUAGUACAGAUUGGAGACUAUGGAGUAAUCUAAUGGCUGUUUCAUUAAGGAACAAAAAGUUUGUUAGAUUUUAUUCUUGCAUUGAAAAACUUGUAUAAUUAGAUCAUAGAGAGUUGAUUGACGAACAAAUAAUCUAAAAGAUUACUUAAACAUUUGCCUAUUAAACUGAUUAAUUGAAUUAAGAGACCCUUGUUUAGUCAAACAUUAAUAAAAAAAGGAUUUUAAAAUUAUAUGAAUAUUUGGCUAAAGAAAUAGGAUAAAAAUACUAUAUUUGGGAAGGUCUAGCAAAAUAUACUGAGUUACUUAUGAUCUAUGAUUAAAGAACGGCAGAAUUGGAGAAAAAAUAGAUUCUUGAUUUGCUACCUUAUUAUAAUGAUAUCGUUUAAUACAGAUUAAAGAGUUGUUAGAUGUUGUAAAUUCUAAAUUGGGAAAGAGAUAUGUAAUAAUUUAUUGUAUUUCAAGGUAAAUUUGCCAAAAUUUAGUAAAAUAAUUGACUUCCUUAAACCAAGAUGUCUAAUUAAUAAAAGAUGAGGAGACUAUCAAGAAUGUUACUGUGUAUAUAUCAUAACAAAAGAGUAGAUUAGAAUCUAUUUUGGAAAAAAAAAUUAACUUUUGA